AUGUCGAACGAUCAGAAGCAGUCAGGUUUAGCACGCGUUGUGGGCUCCGCAUCUGCGGGAAUCCUCGAGAUCGGGGUGUUUCACCCGGUGGACACGAUCUCCAAGAGACUGAUGUCGAACCACACCAAGAUUACGAACGCCCAGCAGUUGAAUGAUGUUGUGUUCCGCGAACAUGCGAGCAAGCCAUUUGGCCAGAGGCUAUUCACGCUGUUCCCGGGCCUUGGUUACGCGGCAACGUACAAGAUUUUCCAGCGGGUGUACAAGUAUGGCGGGCAGCCUUUUGCCAACGAGUUCUUGAACAAGCACUUCAAGGCGGACUUUGACGGCGCGUUUGGCGAGAAGACGGGGAAGGCUUUGCGGUCGGCGACGGCGGGCUCCCUGAUUGGGAUCGGAGAGAUCGUGCUAUUGCCGUUGGAUGUGCUGAAGAUCAAGAGACAGACCAACCCAGAGUCGUUCCGCGGCCGUGGUUUCUUGAGGAUUCUACGCGACGAAGGCAUGGGUCUAUACCGUGGGUGGGGCUGGACCGCAGCGCGGAAUGCGCCGGGCUCUUUUGCGUUGUUCGGUGGUAACGCGUUUGCGAAGGAGUACAUUCUAGGUUUGAAGGACUACAGUCAGGCUACAUGGGGCCAGAACUUUGUUUCUUCCAUUUUUGGUGCAUCUGCUUCGCUGAUUGUAUCUGCUCCGCUUGAUGUCAUCAAGACCAGAAUUCAGAGCAGAAACUUUGAGAGCGCCGAGUCUGGUUUUACGAUCGUCAAGAACACUUUGAAAAACGAGGGUGCUACUGCGUUCUUCAAGGGUCUGACUCCAAAGCUGUUAACGACCGGCCCCAAGCUGGUUUUCUCGUUUGCAAUUGCGCAGACUUUGAUCCCUAUGUUCGACAAUAUGCUACGCAAGUAG